AUGUCCCGCGAAGCCUACCAAGCCCCCACCAUGGGCGGCGGCAACCAGAACGCCUUCGCGACAGACGGCGCCGUCUCGUUGGAGGGUCCUAUGGUCGCCUACCUGUGCGGCGAGUGCAACUCGCGCGUGUCGCUGAAGCGGGGCGACCAGAUCCGGUGUAAGGAGUGUGGACAUCGGGUGCUGUAUAAGGAGCGGACGAAGAGGAUGGUUCAGUUUGAGGCGCGAUGA